AUGACCACGCAGAAAGGAGAUGAAGAGAUGAAAGGGGAGGGGGUACACCAGAGAACGGAGAAGAAGGAAGACGAGGAAGCAGAUGCACAGGAAGAAAAACACGACCAACAAGAUAAAGAGAGGGAUGUCUAUACUAUCUUAGGAGAGCAAACAGAAAAAGAAAAAAAAACACUCAAGGGGAAAAUAAUAGAAUUAGAAAAAGCAAUAGACAUAAAAAUAGUACAACUGCAGAAGGAGCUAAAUGAAUCGAAGCAGAAUCAACAGAUACAGGACUUGGACUUUACAACUAUUUUAGAUGAAUUCAAGGAGGAUAUAACUAAAAAGAUGAAUGAAGUGACUGAGGUAAUAGAAAAAAAACUGGAAGAACAGAACUUGAAGCAUGCCAAGCUAUUCAAUAUCCUCGUGUCUCUAAAAAAUGAAAACUUUACCAUUAGCAAGUCCAUUUCUUUGCUCAACGAUAAGAUUCAUAUCAUUGAGGGCGAGAUUGGGGAGUAA